UCUUGACGAUACAAUUGUCGUUUCUGUCAGUUUAACUAACAAUCAUCUUUUUUAUAAUAUUUUUCAUGUGUUUUAUAAUAUUAAAUAAUCAAUAAUAAUGCAUAAAAAUGCGUGAAUUAACAGUGUUUAAUAAUUGUUUAUUAAUAUAAUCAAGUGACAACAAUUUAAUUGGCUUUUUUAAUUAUAACAAGAAAAGGAAAAAAAAGGAGCAGUAAAUUUUUCCACACAAAAAACAACCAUCAACUAUUGAAUUUUUUAUAGGUACAGUCAUAGAGCAAGAAAGGAAAGUCGUGUAAAAAAGUGCAGUGAAGGAAUCGCUGAGACGAGAAAGAGGGUGGUCAAUAUGACUCCUAUCUUCCUCGUCCUAUUGAUGGCGAUUGAUCCGAUGAUCGCACAAAGUCAUGUUGGUAACAUCAGUGAUACAAUGUUCAUCACGUACAUGACAAGUCCACCAGAAAUUUUAAUGCGACCUCAAUCGCAACAUGUUAAAGCUGGUGGUAUUGCUAGUUUUUACUGCAGAGCACAUGGAGCACCACCGCCCCAAAUACACUGGCGAAAAAAAGGAAAAAAAGUAUCUUCAGCACAAUCACGCUAUCAUAUGAAAACUUAUGAUGAUGGUGCCCUGCUGAGAAUCGAUCCAGUACGAGAUAAAAAAGAUGAUACGACUUGGGAAUGUGUUGCUGAAAAUGGGGUUGGUGAUGCAGUCACAGCUGAGGCUCAAUUGUCUGUCCAUGAACCGGAUAAUGUACCCGUUGGGUUUCCAGUUAUCACCCAAUCACCGACAACUAAAGUAGUUGAGAUGGGUCACAAUGCUGUUCUAUCGUGCACAGCAAUCGGCUCACCAACACCUGUUAUUUCUUGGAUUCGUAACAUGUUACCAAUCAACACUUCCAAUCCUCGAUACACUGUAUUAGAUUCUGGUGCCUUGCAAAUUGAUGCAUCUGAAGUUGAAGAUCAAGGCCAAUAUGAGUGCGUUGCUAAUAACACUGUUGGUACUGAAUAUUCGGGUGCAAUUCAACUCUAUGUUAGAGUGAGACGACUGCUUCCAACUUUUUCAAUCCGUCCACCACCAUCGAGUGAAGUUAUGAUGGGUGCUUCAUUAAAUUUAACCUGUGUAGCAGUUGGUGCACCAAUGCCCUAUGUUAAAUGGCGAAAAGAGCCUGCAACUGACAUGACGCCUGAUGAUAAACUUCCCAUAGGCAAGAAUGUACUCAUGCUUACUGACAUCAAAGAGUCUGCUAAUUACACAUGUAUUGCAGCAAGUGACUUGGGAGUUAUAGAAACUGUUUCUAUGGUUAAAGUCCAAUCUCUUCCUGGUGCACCUGAAAAUGUACAAGUUUCUGAGAUAACUGCAACAUCAGUUAAACUUACGUGGUCAUAUAAAAGACCAGAUGAGUUACAGUAUUAUGUUAUUCAACAUAAACCAAAACACGCAAAUCAAGCAUUUGCUGAAAUAUCUGGUAUAACGACAAUGUACUAUCAUGUCAGAAGUCUCAGUCCUUAUACAGAAUAUGAAUUAUAUGUUAUUGCUGUUAAUGCUAUUGGACGUGGUCCCCGGAGCCACCCUGUUGUUGUUACAACUGGUGAAACAACUGCAACAACAAAUGGAGGUUCCAGACCGGGCUCAGCACCUCGUAAUUUACAAGUACGACCACUCAGCUCAAGUACAAUGAUUAUUCAAUGGGAAGAACCGGAAACACCAAAUGGUCAAGUGACGGGUUACAAAGUAUAUUAUACAACUGAUUUAAAUCAACCAAUGGCAUUGUGGCAACAUCAAGUUGUAAAUAACAAUCAAUUGACCACAAUAUCAGAUUUAAUACCUCAUACAAUGUAUACAAUACGAGUUCAAGCAUUGACUAGUGUUGGUCCCGGGCCACUGAGUCAAGCAAAACAAAUAAAGACACAACAAGGGGUGCCAAGUCAGCCAGAAAAUCUUUCAGUGGUUGAAACUGGGGAAAGCUCAGUGACGCUCCAAUGGAGCAAACCCGCUCAUAGUGCUGAAAAUAUUCUCAGCUAUGAGCUUUAUUGGAAUGAUACUUAUGCCAAGGAAAAACAUCAUAGAAAACUACCAGUAACAACAAAUUAUACAUUGACAGGACUUUAUCCAAAUACAUUGUAUUAUGUUUGGCUAGCAGCAAGAAGUCAACGUGGUGAAGGAGCAACAACAAUACCCUAUGAAGUUCGCACCAAACAGUACGUACCUGGUGCACCACCUCGGAAUGUAAGCGGACGUGCAUUGAGUACAACAGCAAUUGAAGUAACAUGGGCACCACCAUCAAUUGAAAGUGCUAAUGGAAGGAUUGUAUACUACAAACUAAUGGUUGUUGAAACUGGACGAUCAGACUCAGAGGCUAGAGUUAUCAAGCUGAACGAUACCAAAUUUAUAUUGGAUGAACUUAAAAAAUGGACAGCAUAUAGAAUAUGGGUUGUUGCUGGGACCAGCGUAGGUGAUGGACCACCAAGUUAUCCAAUCAAUGUCAAAACUUAUGAGGACGAAGGCAAAAUGCCCGGAAAUCCUCAGGAUGUUACUGCAACAGCAAUUAAUUCAACGACAAUUAGAGUUAAAUGGAAGCCACCAAGAAUAAAUGAUCAAAAUGGUGUUAUACGAGGUUAUCAUGUUCAUAUUCAAGAAGUUAGAGAAGAAGGCAAAGAUUUACUCAACGAGCCAAUAAGACGUGAAGUACAAGAGGGUGAAGUAUUGUCAAUCGAUGUAACUGGUUUACAACCAGACACAAAAUAUCACGUACAAGUUGCAGCUGUAACUAGAAGAGGAGAUGGUGAUCGUUCAGCUCCUGUUCAUGUUAGAACUCCCGGAGGUGUACCAAAUAGACCUCAACUAAAUGUUAAGGUUAUUAAACAAGAUCCAAUAACAUUGGAAUUAGAAUGGGCAAAACCAAGUGAAUCUGCUGGAAAAUUAAUGGGAUAUUUAAUAAAACAUGGUGUUAAAAAUCAAACAUUAAAAGAAAAUUUUAUUGAUAAUCCAAAUGAAUAUACAUAUAGAAUUGAAGAAGUUGAAAGAGGUGUACAUUAUGAAUUUCAUGUUGCUGGAAAAAAUCAAAAUGGUAUUGGACAAGAAACAGUACGUUAUUGGGAAAGUCCAGAGGGUGAACCAACAGCACCACCAACAAAUUUAUCAUAUCAUUUUCAAACACCAGAUACAGUAUGUGUUACAUGGGAUAAACCAUUACGUCAUCAUCGUAAUGGUAAAAUAAUACGUUAUGAUGUUGAAUUUCAUAAAAAAAAUGAUCAUAGUACAAUUGAAGAAAGAAAUACAACACAAUUAAGAGCUGUAUUUACAAAUCUUGAAGAAGCAACUGAAUAUGUAUUUCAUGUUAGAGCACAUACAUCACGUGGUGCUGGUCCAUUUUCUGAAAAAAUAACAAUUAUUACAGAAAAAGAUAUUGGACGUGCACCAAUGUAUGUUAAAGCAAUUGCAACAUCAGAAUCAAAUGUUGAAGUAUGGUGGGAACCAGUACCAAAUCGUGAUAAAAUAAUUGGUUAUAAAAUUUUUUAUACAAUGACUGCUGUUGAGGAUCUUGAUGAAUGGAAACAAAAACUAAUUGGUUUAACUGAAUCAGCUGAUUUAGAAAAUCUUGAACGUGAUACUGAAUAUGCAAUUGCUGUUGCUGCUAGAUAUAAAGGACAUAGUCUUGGUAGAUUAAGUCAAAAAGUAACUGUUAAAGUUAAACCAGAAGAUGUACCACUUAAUUUACGUGCAUCUGAUACAUCAACACAUUCAAUGACAUUAUCAUGGACACCACCAAUAAGACUUAAUCCAAUAAGUUAUAAAAUAUCAUUUGAUGCUAUUAAAGAAUUUGUUGAUUCACAAGGUAUAACACAAACUGGUAAAAUAUUACCACGUACAUUACCAAUUGAAGCACAUUUAACAACAUCAACAAUUGAUGAUUUACAACCAUUUACAACAUAUAAUGUUAAUGUAAGUGCUGUAUCAGCUGAUAAUACAUAUAAACCACCAGCUAAAAUAACAGUUACAACUGAAAUGGCUGCACCAAAACCAAUGGUUAAACCAGAUUUUUAUGGUGUUGUUAAAGGUGAAGAAAUACAAGUUAUAUUACCACAAGCAUCCGAAGAAUAUGGACCAAUUGCAUAUUAUUAUUUAAUUGUUGUACCUGAAGAUCCAUCAACAGCAAAUAAAUCACCAGAUGAAUUUACCGAGGAUAUUAUAACAACAACAACGACAACAACAAUAAAUAAAGAAUCAUCAACAAUAUUAAAUCAACAACUACAACAACAGCAACAAGUAACUGAUAAAUCACCAUAUAUUGCUGCUAAAUUUUCACACAGAACAAUACCAUAUACAUUUCAAUUAGGUGGUGGUGAUAUUUAUGAAGGUUUUGAAAAUCGUAAAUUAAAACUUAAACUACGUUAUAGAAUAUUUGUACGUGCAAUUGUUGAUACACCUAAAAAACAUUUAUAUACAUCAUCACCAUUUUCUGAAUAUUUAUCACUUGAUAUGCGUGAAGUACCAGCUGGUGAUCCACCAAGUAGACCAAAUCCAAAUAAUCCAGUUGAUGGUAAUCCAGAAAUAUCUGUUACAAAUAGUGGACAAGAACCAGGUAUGGUAUGGGUUGUGGGACCAAUUAUUGCUGCUCUAAUGACAAGUGUAUUUCUUGUAUUAUUAUUUGUUAUUAAAAAACGUAGACAACCAUGUAAAACACCAGAUCAAACAGCUGUUACAAGACCAUUAAUGGCAGCAGAUAUAAGCUCAAGUCAUGCACCAUCUGAUCCAGUUGAAAUGAGAAGACUUAAUUUUCAAACACCUGGUAUGAUAUCACAUCCACCAAUACCAAUAAGUGAACUUGGUAAUCAUAUUGAACGUUUAAAAUCAAAUGAUAAUUUAAAAUUCAGUCAAGAAUAUGAAUCAAUUGAACCAGGACAACAAUUUACAUGGGAUCAUUCAAAUAUGGAAAUAAAUACAUCAAAAAAUCGUUAUGCAAAUGUUAUUGCAUAUGAUCAUUCACGUGUUAUAUUACAAACAAUUGAUGGUAUAUCUGGUUCUGAUUAUAUCAAUGCAAAUUAUUGUGAUGGUUAUAGAAAACAAAAUGCAUAUGUUGCAACACAAGGACCAUUACAAGAAACAUUUGCUGAUUUUUGGCGUAUGUGUUGGGAACUAAGAACAAGUACAAUUGUUAUGAUGACUAAACUUGAAGAAAGAACACGUAUUAAAUGUGAUCAAUAUUGGCCAACACGUGGAUCAGAAACAUAUGGACAAAUGACAAUAACAAUAAGUGAUGUACAAGAAUUAGCAACAUAUUCAAUAAGAACAUUUCAAGUAUGUAGAAAUGGUUAUUCUGAAAGACGUGAAAUAAAACAACUACAAUUUACAGCAUGGCCAGAUCAUGGUGUACCAGAACAUCCAGCACCAUUUUUACAAUUUUUACGUCGUGUUAAAACACUUAAUUUAAAUGAUUCUGGACCACUUGUUGUACAUUGUAGUGCUGGUGUUGGUAGAACUGGUUGUUUUAUUGUUAUUGAUUCAAUGCUUGAACGUAUUAAACAUGAAAAAAUGAUUGAUAUUUAUGGACAUGUAACAUGUUUACGUGCACAACGUAAUUAUAUGGUACAAACUGAAGAUCAAUAUAUAUUUAUACAUGAUGCAUUACUUGAAGCAGUUGUAUCUGGUAAUACAGAAAUACCAGCAAGAAAUUUACAUUCACAUAUACAAAAAUUAAUGCAAGCUGAACUUGAUAAUUUAACUGGUAUGGAACUUGAAUUUAAAAAAUUAUCAAAUAUUAAAAAUGAUUCAACACGUUUUAUAUCAGCAAAUUUACCAUGUAAUAAACAUAAAAAUCGUCUUGUACAUAUAUUACCAUAUGAAUGUACACGUGCAUGUUUACAACCACAACGUAAUAUUGAAGGUUCUGAUUAUAUAAAUGCAAGUCUCAUUGAUGGUUAUCGUUAUCGUACAGCAUAUAUUGCAACACAAGGACCACUUAAUGAUACAACUGAUGAUUUUUGGCGUAUGCUUUGGGAACAUAAUUCAACAAUUGUUGUUAUGUUAACAAAAUUAAAAGAAAUGGGACGUGAAAAAUGUCAUCAAUAUUGGCCAUCAGAUAGAUCAAUACGUUAUCAAUGUUUUGUUGUUGAUCCAAUUGCUGAAUAUAAUAUGCCACAAUAUAUAUUACGUGAAUUUAAAGUAACAGAUGCACGUGAUGGUGCUAGUCGUACUGUACGACAAUUUCAAUUUAUUGAUUGGCCAGAACAAGGUGUACCAAAAUCUGGUGAUGGUUUUAUUGAUUUUAUUGGACAAGUACAUAAAACAAAAGAACAAUUUGGCCAAGAUGGACCAAUAACAGUACAUUGUAGUGCUGGUGUUGGACGUACUGGUGUAUUUAUAACAUUAAGUAUUGUUUUAGAACGUAUGCAAUAUGAAGGAGUUGUUGAUAUAUUUCAAACUGUUAGAAUUUUACGUACACAACGUCCAGCAAUGGUACAAACUGAGGAUCAAUAUCAAUUUUGUUAUCGUGCUAGUUUAGAAUAUUUGGGUUCAUUUGAUCAUUAUGCCAACUGACAGACAAAUAUACGCGAGCCAAGUAAACAAUUGAGAAAAGAUGAUCGUGAACGUGAACGUCAUGGUAAAAAUAAUAAUCAACAUCAUCAUCAUCAUCGUGAUAAUAAUACUGGUGAAAGAGCUAAAGUACGAAGAGUAUAAUAAAAAAAUAUAUCAUGCUUUUCUCUUUUGUUUUGAUAUACUCGCUAUAACAACAACAAAUCAUUUAAAUUUUUACAUUCGUUAAAAUUAUUAUCAUUCUUUAACAACAUUAUUUUUUAAGUAUCAUUAUUGUAUAUUAUAAAUAAUUGUUAAUUAUUUAAAAAACAAAAAAAAACAUGUCUUUAGCAAAAUAAGACAAAUUAUUAUUUUAUUAUCAUUAUUAUAUUGUUUGAUACACAAUAUAUUAUGAAAAAGUUCAAAGUAUAUAUUUAAUUUCAUUAUGAAAUUUUCAUUUUUCCAAUCAACAUUCCAUUUUAUAUAUAUAGAAAAAAAAUUCAAUCAAUAUUUGUUUGUUUUUUUUUAUAAUAAAAUAGAUGACGAAAAAAUACGAGCCUUAAAAAUUAAGUUGAAUAUAUAAUGUUAUGAAAAUAUUAUAAAUCCAGUCCAAACUAUCGAAAUUAUAUUCGAAAUUAUAAUACAUAGAUAUUAUAGCAACAACAGACUCCUACCACCUAUGAUUUUUGUUCAAAAAAAAAAACAAUUUAUAUAAAUAUUUAUUAUAUAGAUAAAAAAAAAAAAAAACAUAUCUAAUUAUUACAAUCGAAAUUUCGAUACUUAAUUACAAUCUCCAUUGAGAAAAAAUUCAAUAAAAUAGAAAUACUGUAGCUGUGUUUUUAAAUGAGCAAAAAAAUAAUAACACAUUGUCAAAUCUUGCCCAGCUAAUCAUGUUCUUAUGACGUUUACAAAACAAUCAAUUUAAAAUAUUUUUUUAAUUAUUUUUUAUUGAUUUUAGAAAAUAUAUUAAUAAAAAAAAAAAAACAUAACAAUCACUGUAAUUUUUUGAGUGAUUUAAAAAUAAUAAGUAUUAACAGAAAAAUUUAAUUACAUAAAAAUAAAUCAGCAAUUCUAAAUGAUAAAAUUAUUAAAUUUUGGAAUUUAAAAAAAAAAUAAUAUAUAUAUCGCGUAAAUGAAUAAUUAUAUAAAAUUAUUAAUAAAAAAAACAAAAAAAAAAAAUAGAUGAUUUAAUUUUAAAAAAUGUCAUACUGCCAGUUUGAGCUUUAGUAAAAAAUUGAAAAAAAAUAAAAUAAAACAGUUAAAUGGAUUUUGACACACGGUUAUAUAUACUGCAUAAAAAAAAAUGUAUUAAAAAAUAAAUCCAUGUGUAGUAUUUUUAAGAAAAGAAAAAGAAAAAAAAAUAACUAAAAAAAAAUAAUGACUGAUU